AUGUUGGGCUGGAUGUUAAGACGCGGAGAGAACGCGCCAGAGCCAGUCAAUGAAGGAGACACAACUCAGAUCGACGUGCCUGACACUCCUGCGCCCGUCUUCGCCGCCAGAGCAUUCAAAAGCGCAUUAUUUGGAACACCAGCGCGACCUAGCAAUCAACCGACAAGAGCAUUAGGGAAAGGCAAGAAUGCCAGGAUGGAUCAGGAAUCCUCCCGGACACCACAGCGACCGCAGGGAAUACUUCUCACUCCAGGAACGGGCACCACAAGACGAAAACGCGUAUCAUUCGGUCAAGAUGUCAAGAAGAAUGCCAAUUCAAACAAAGAGCCAGAAUCGCGCCAGCGCACGCGCUUGAAUGAGGCUCUUGAGAAAGCUUCAAAGUCUGUGAAUCAGAAGAACGAAACGCAACAAGAACAAGAACAAGACAAUUCCUCAGACGAAUGGGAAGAAGCCGACGACGAGGAUUACUGCGCACACGACAUCACGAUCGACCUUAACGAGCCUCAUUCGCAGUCGGGCAGAUACUGGAAGGAAGAGUUUGAGAAAUACCACGAGGAUGCGAAAGCCGAGAUGGAAAAAUUGCUCAAGUACAAGCAAUUGGCCAAGUCAUAUGCGAAACAGAAGGACGCCGAGGCGAAUGAGCUUGCAGUAAAGCUCAAAGAAGAACAGCAGAAGGUGAUUGAGAUGGAGCAGCAGAUUGCCGAAGGUGCCUCCAAAAUUGCGUCAAAGCGUGGAGUGAGGUCAGACGAAAGCAGCGCUGAUCUUUUGUCAACACUCACCAAGCAAACAGCCCUGGCCGUGCAAUAUCGAACGCGGGUGCAGGAGCUGGAGGACCAACUUGAGCAAUUCCUUUGCGAACGAGAGGAUGAUCCAAAUUGGAAAGAUCAUAAAGGACGGGUUACGACAUCACCGAGGACUCAAAAGACCCUUCUGGAGACACAGAGUCAAUUGAGACGAGCCCGUAUGCAAGUUAAAGAAGUUGAUGAUCUUCGCGAACAAAUAUCCUCACUAAAAACCCAGCUCAAAGCGGCUGAAAAGCGAGCUGCCAAGGCUGAGGCAAAUAGCGAGACGAAAACCAGCCCGAAAGAAAAGACCGAUAACGAGCCUCUGCGUGAAGGAUCGAGAGCGCAAGAGUUACGUACCCAGCUUCGCGAAGCCCGAGAAGAAAAUAAGAAAAAGGAUGAGGAAUUGCGCGUGCUCAAGCAAGAAUUUGAGGCCUAUCGCAACGAAACCCAAGCCCAUAAUGCGGAUACAAACGCAGUAUUGGAACGGGCACAUGCCAAGAUUGCGGAACUCAAGAAGGAGGUCAAGACACUUAAAGCGGUAGAUCAUGCUGCUCCUGAGCAAGAAGAUCAUGCUGCCCGACCAAAGAGCUGGCAUGUUCAGUCAGACGCUGGCCGUCUGGCAGAGGAAGGUUCGGGGUCUAGAAACGUUCAAUCAAAUGAAGAUAUCAGAGACCAGAGGCGUACUAUGGCCCGACGAAGCUUCGACCUGAGUGACUUGGAAGGGGACACAAUGGAGCUCAAGACUACAGACCCCAAUGUUCCGUCACUGCGUCAAAAGUUCUCGGACGACGCUGUCCCAAGAACCAGUAAAUCCGAUGUCGGCACGUCCAACAUGGUCUCGUCAAGCCUCGGUAGCAAGCCGGACAUUGGGCGGCCUAGAUGGCAACCGUUUGUUCCGCGAUCGCCAAGAAAUCGAGCGUACCUUGGCGAGGAAAUUGCCAAGCGUAUCGAAAACGGAGGUGAAACUCCUGGUCGACCAAAGUUUGAAGAGAUUACCGUUCCUGAUCUACCUGCACUUGCCAAGUCAGUUGCUCGGUCGAAACGAACCACUUCCACGGAAAAGAUGGAUGAAAAGAUCGACUUGUUACAGGAUCACUAUGCACGAGUCGGAGGUCCUGAUCCAAACAACAGCGUAUUUACUGCCAAUGCAUCCAAGCUACCCCCUGAGCGCAGAGCUGCAGCAAUUGCUCGAAUCGAGCAGAGAAUGGCAGAAAAGAAGCGUAUGCGCGGAAGAAAGGGAUUUGACAAGGAGAACGUUCGACCUUGA